UACCCGAUUCAGAAAGGAAAUCAAAAUAUACCAUUUUAAUCGAGGGAAAACGAAAAAAUUCUUCCUCCUCUUCAGUUGAUUCUGAUUCUCGCUCCCAGCAAACGCCGCCUCAUCCCCAGAGAACAUCCGCCGGCGCCGACGCUUCAACACUCAGUUUCCCUCCGCCGGUUCGCUCUCUUCCCCACUUCGGUGCCGCCUGUAUCUCCCUCACGGUAAGUUUUUUCUUCUUUUAUUUGGUUUGUGAUUCAAAAUCCUUUUUGGUCCUCGGCGCCGGCGAGGAGGUUGACCGGCCACUGUUCUUCUUCGAAAAUUAGCUGGCCUCCUCUCUAUCAUAACUUAUUGGUGCAAUUUUUGUUUGCUAUAAGUCAUAAACCCCAAUUGAUAACUUGGUUGUUUGUAUCUAGAUUGAACUGGGGAGUCGAUUGUCUAGAAUUAUAAACCCUAAUUGAAAAUUGGCGUUGUUAUCUAUUUUAUAGGUAGGGAACUUUUUUUCACUAGAGAAUCGUGGACCACUUCAUUUUGGGGGCUGCGAUGGAUCUGGAAACGGAGAACAGAAUAGCUGCAAUGCUUCUGAGAGAAGCAGCAGAAUUGAGGCGGCAAGCUGAAAAAGAAGGUGUUCGUGCUUAUCUUGAUAAUAAACCUACUGCCAGGGCUCGGCCGAACUCACGAUUCCUUACUGCAACUGUGCUUGGGGUACAGCAAGCAAAUCGAGCUGUGGAAGUAAGUGAAAUGUGGCGAGUUAGGCAGCAAGAGAAGGAAUUGGACAAACGGCUUAGUGAGAGGUCCAGAGGUAAGAAAGUUGAAAUUACCAAGGACAGGAACAUGGGUGAAUACCAUAGGAGUGCAAGUAAGAGCUUCUCUCUACAAGGCAAUGAUGCAAGACCCUCAUGCUCAUCAAGUGAUGUGGUACAUGGGGGCAGCAGCUCAAUCAAAGAGGAGGGUUUAAAGGAUGAAGAAAUUGAAGAAUUCUUGCAUUCCAGGGUGAAGCGUGGUCGAGGUGCAGUUGGUUCAAGGAUGGACGAAACAGGUCCCUAUCGUCCUUCCGGAGAAGACACAAUGGAGAAUCUGUCCACGAGGGAAGUCAGAGUGCAUCGUGUAAUCUUGGGGCCUGAGAAGCCUUCUUCUUUGAGGCCAAGUGAUUCCUCGGAAGAUGAAUCCGAUGAGGAUCGGAGGAAGAAAGCCAACAGGAAGGGCAAGUCGGAAAGAAAGCACAAGUCCAAAGAGAAGUCGUCGUCAUCAUCAUCAUCGAGAGAUAAUAAGAGGAGGAGGAAGGAAGAAAAGAGAAGGAAGAAACACCAUUAGAAGGCAAAACCAGACUUUCAACCACCUUGGCUUCCAUGAUGUAGCUCCUGGUGUAAUGGUUGUGCCGAAAAUUGUUAGUCUUCUCUACAAAGAGCUUUUUUUUUUACAAGGUCUCUACAAAGAGCUUAAUUGACAGCUUCUUGGUUGUCAGCCAUGGUUUUGGCUGUUUCACAUUUGGUUGCUGCAAAUGCAAUGUUGGAUAUCUGUUGUCUAGCAGACCCCGAGACCCGUCACAAGAUAAGCCCAAACUGUAUAAGCAACUAUGGGCGUUUAGUUGUAGACUUUUUUAGGGGCGGUUUGGAAGUUGCGAUUGUUAAAUAGAUGUAUUGUUGAGAAUGCAUGUAUAAUAUUAUACAUGUAUUGUCGAAUUUGAUGCAUUGUAGAAUACAACGUUUGGUAUGUGUGAUUGUGUAUGUCGCAUCAGCUAAAAGCUGAGACAAAACAAUCUUAACUCAACUAUCUCAACAAUCACAACUAAAAGUUGAGAUAUAACAAUCACUCAAAAUGAGUGAUAGUUUCUGUCACAUCACAGAAACAAUCCAUGUAUUGUUUUUUGCUAAAAAAACAAAAAAAACGAUGCAUUGUAAACAACUAGCGUGGGCCUCGGCCAGUUGGCCGGAGGAAGGUGAUGUAUGAAAUUUGAUAAUGUAAUGGGGUUUAUAGCUUAUUGUUGUAUAGAUUUUUUUGAAACACGUGAUAAAAAUAGUAAAUUUUAGCAGGAAAGAGACAUGAAUGAUGCAACGAAUCAAAAAUCGGCCUUAUGAACCAAAAUCAAGAACAUGUUACCUUGUGAAACAAUAUGGUUUCUGGUAAUAUGAUGAGGUGGAGUAAUUUUAUAGAAACCGAAUUCCAUAAAAUCGAAUAAAAAAUCGCCUAUCCCGUCGGUUUUCGGAAAAUGAGCAUCUCACAAUCUUUGCUAGCUUUUACUCAGCCCGUUGGCCAAUUAAUUUGCUUUAUCAAACUUUCAUCUUGUCAUCAUUGUGCUUUAUGGUUUUUGUCAAACCAUGAUAAAAUCUAAGGAAAUCAAGAACGAACAACACGAUUUGGGAUAAGAACCGUUGUUGUCGUAUCCCUAGAAAAUAGUGGUAAACACAGACUCACUUGCCAAACUAGUUUGGAUUGAGAUUUUUAUCUGGUAUCAGGGAACCAUGUAAUUAUAAAUUAGACUUGAUCAAAACGGGCCAGAACUUGAAAUUCAACCGGUUUGACCGACUCAUGCCAAAUUCUAAUUAUUCUUUACUAUUAAACUUUUCUAUUUGAAAAUAAAAAAUAGUGAAAGAAAAGAGAUGACUGCAAUUCGCCAUUUGCACAUCACUUAUUUGAAAUUCAAAAGAAACUGAAAAUGUUUAGGAUCGUUUUAAUGUUUAAAAUAACCAAAAAGAUCUUUAUGUUUAAAUUUUUACUAACAAAUACCAAAUGAUUUCCUAUAAAAUACACUAUAAUUUGAUCAUUAUGAUAUCAAAUAAUUAUAUAAUAUAUAUUUGAAAUGAUUAAAAUUGGACUAAUUGGGUUGGUCGAGGUGGAACCAUUCAAUAACUUUAAAAUACAUUAUAUUUUAGCCACUAAGAUAUAAAAUAAUAGCAUAAUAUAUAUUAUGCCAGAGAAAAUAGAUUGUAUUAGAAUGUCAAACCAAUGAUGUUCAUUUGUUUUACUUGAUGGCCAAAUCCCGUGUAGGUCAGGCCUAUUCAACUCUUUUAUUUUACUAGCGUGGGCCCCGACCAGUUGGCCGGAGGAAGCUGAGGUAUGAAAUUUGAUAAUGUAAUGGCGUUUAUAGCUUAUUGUUGUAUAGAUUUUUUGGAAACACGUGAUAAAAAUAGUAAAUUUUAGCAGGAAAGAGACAUGAAUGAUGCAACGAAUCAAAAAUCGGCCUUAUGAACCAAAAUCAAGUACAUAUUAACUUGUGAAACAAUAUUGAUUCUGGUAAUAUGAUGAGGUGGAGUAAGUUUUAUAGAAACCGAAUUCCAGAAAAUCGAAUAAAAAAUCGCCUAUCCC